CGAUCCAAGCAAGCUGCUGCUGCCGCAUAUCACUCUCCAGAAGUCAUCAUAUGCGCCAACCGGACGAACCUGUCCGGUCGCUUCCCCGGUUCCCCUUAUAUCCUUGUUCCUCUUCUUCCACCUCCGUACUGUGACCUGUUGCUCCGUUUGGAUCAAUCGACCGGAGCUCUGCAGCACCUAGCCGGGGAGCACAGCGGAUAAGCUAAGCUUCGGCGGCCAUGGGGAACUUGUGUGUGUGCAUGGGCGGCUCCGCCAAGUGCGCCAGCGCCUCCACUCCCUUCCAAUCAAAGGUGAACCCAAGGAGCAGCACCUCCAACUCCAACUCCAAGGCGUCGCGCCGGAGCAGCUCCGGCCCGGAGAAGCCGCCGCAGCCGGCGGAGGCGCCGACGGCGGCGGGGGAGGCGCAGGCGGUGCCGCCGGCGUCGCUCAAGUCGUUCAGCAUGGCGGACCUGCGGGCGGCCACCAAGAACUUCGGCUCCACGUCGUACCUGGGCGAGGGCGGGUUCGGGUGCGUGUACAAGGGGUGGAUCGACGAGACCACGCUCGCCCCCGCCAGGCCCGGCGCCACCAACGCCAUGAUGGUGGCCAUCAAGAAGCUCAAGAAGGAGAGCUUCCAGGGCCACCGGGAGUGGCUCACCGAGGUCACCUACCUCGGCGACCUCCACCAUGAGAACCUGGUCAAGCUCGUCGGCUACUGCUCCGACUCCGACAGCAACAAGCUGCUGGUGUACGAGUACAUGCCGCGCGGCAGCCUCGAGAACCACCUGUUCCGUCGCGGCAGCCAGCCGCCGCUGCCGUGGUCCACGCGCGUGUCCGUCGCCGUCGACGUCGCCCGCGGCCUCGCCUUCCUCCACUCCCGCGACGUCAUCUUCCGGGACCUCAAGUCCUCCAACGUCCUCCUCGGCCCCGACCACCGCGCCAAGCUCUCCGACUUCGGCCUCGCCCGCGCCGGCCCCACCGGCGGCAAGACCCACGUCUCCACCCGCGUCGUCGGCACGCGCGGGUACGCCGCGCCGGAGUACGUCGCCACGGGCCACCUCUCCGCCAAGAGCGACGUGUACGGGUUCGGGGUGGUGCUCCUGGAGCUCAUGACGGGGCGGCGCGCGCUGGACGAGGCCCGCGGCGUGGCGUCGGAGCUGCUGGUGGACUGGGCGAUGCCGAUGCUGCAAGGGGAGCGGCGCAAGGUGAUACGGGUCAUGGACACCAGGCUCGGCGGGCAGUACCCGAAGAGGCAGGCCCAGGACAUGGCCGCGCUCGCGCUCCGCUGCCUGCAGAACGACCCCAAGACCCGCCCCUCCAUGGCCGACGACGUCCUCCCCUCCCUCGAGCUCCUGCUGCAGCCAACCACCGCCAAGUCCACCUCCUCCUCCUCGACGACGACGUCGUCCAGAUCGCCGGCCGCGUCGGCGACAACGCCGGUGCACAGAGGCCACCGUCGUCAGAAAGCGUAGCUAGCUAGGAGACUCUGAACAUUUAAUUAUUGUGUUCAAUUAGUGUGUUCAUCUGUGCAGUAGAAUAGAAUUUCCUUUGUAGAUUAUUGGAAAUUGGACUUGUUUUUCUCUCUCGUUUCAGCCGUUUGGACCGUUUGGAAUACUGGAGGAGUAUUACAUAAGUA